CAAACGCAUCCCAGCCAAGUACCCGCCACGGCCGCUUUAUCCCAAACCAAACCACACACGCCGCGUCCGCUUCUCACUUCCCAAGCCAGAGGGCGCCCUCUCUCCCUCCCAUGCACGCGCGCUCUCCCACUGAGCCUUCCAAGCCACCGCAGCCGCAGCCAUGAGCGCCGGCGACACGCUCGACAAGCUCGUGGUCUUCCUCGCGAAGCGCGAUGGCAUCGACAAGCUGGUCAAGACGUUCCAGUACGUGUCCAAGCUCGCGCACUGGGCGGCGGAGUCGUCCAGCCCGGGCCUCGCCGGGCGCGCCAAGAACUGGGAGACGUCCGCGGGGCUCAGCCGCAAGGCCUUCCGCACGGGCCGCUUCCUCACGGGGCUCAACGGGCUGCGCCGCGCGCCGGGGGAGUUCGGCGCGCUCGCCGUGCUCGCCAACGCCGGCGAGAUGGUCUACUUCUUCUUCGACCACUUCACGUGGCUCUCCCGCGUCGGCGUCCUCGACGCCUGGCUCGCGCGACGCAUGAGCUUCAUCUCCGCCUUCGGCGAGUCCGUCGGCUACGUGUUCUUCAUCGCCAUGGACCUCAUCAUGAUCAGGAGGGGCCUCAGGCAGGAGAGGAAGCUGCUCAGGGAGGGCGGGAAGGACAAGGACAAGGAGGUGAAGAAGAUCCGGAUGGACAGGGUGAUGCGGCUCAUGGCGACGGCCGCCAACGUCGCCGACCUCGUCAUCGGCAUCGCGGACAUCGAGCCCAACCCGUUCUGCAACCACGCUGUCACGUUGGGGAUCAGUGGGCUCGUCUCGGCGUGGGCCGGCUGGUACAGGAACUGGCCGUCGUGAGCUGUUCCAACUCUAUUUUUCGCACGCUCUUCGGCCUUGUUACAUCAUAAUGAUUUUGCCAGGCACUGAACUCUGCUUCUGUAGCAAAUUUUACAGUCGAGAUACCGUUGGUGUAUAGUCGCAUAGAUCGACGCAUACUGUACUGAACAGCUCACUGGCAAUCCCAACCAAUCUUUCAUGAUCGAUGAGUCUGUUCUUAAGAUCAAUCGUCAAUUCCUCAUACAGUACGUACUACUUUACUCAAGGGGUUGAUUGGAUUUGGAAACCGACACUUGAGGCACAUCGGCACAUGAAAGAAGAGAACGUAGCAAUCUUCCGUUUAUUUCAACCAAGUUCUCUUUUUUCUUCGUCUCUCUCUUCAGUCUGAACAUAUUUUCGGGGAAAAUGCAGCCAUCGUCGUCGCAGAACACAUGGAGACCAAUAGCUAGCUUGGGCGCCUGGCUGAAAUAAUCUGUACAUGACAGCAAUUCCGAUAUCUAAUAAGAUUGAAAAUAUUGCCAAA